AUGAAAAUGGCUCCGUUAAGGCUCCCGGUAGACUAUUACACAGAUGAUUUCUUAAAUUUCUCGACACAGAAUCCCAAUAACGAGCGCCACCACACUCGUCACAACCACUCUCAUUUGCGAGAGAGUCACAAGAACCAUGUCGCAGAUAUGCUGUCGAAUUCCAUUAUAGACGCAUUCAAUACGCGCUUUGUGGAGAACAGUGUGCUGCCUGAUAUGGAGCCGCUGUCCUCUCACAUGGACUUGGAGGAGAGGCACUAUCCAUCGCGGAUGAACGGGACAUUAAAUAGAUCUGAUUUCGGUGGCGAUGAGUUCAUGUACCGUCACAGUGGGGCGAUGACCGCGGUGUAUUGCGCGGCGUAUCUGCUGGUGUUUCUCGUGGGGCUGGUCGGGAACUGCUUCGUGAUUGCUGUGGUGUAUCGGUCGCCGCGUAUGAGAACUGUCACCAAUUUUUUCAUCGUGAACUUGGCGUUUGCUGAUAUCCUGGUCAUCGUGUUCUGUCUGCCCGCGACGCUCAUGUCAAACAUAUUUGUCCCCUGGGUCCUUGGUUGGCUGAUGUGCAAGACGGUGCCGUACGUCCAGGGCUUAUCUGUGGCGGCCUCAGUUUACAGCCUCGUCGCCGUAUCCCUUGACAGAUUCCUGGCUAUAUGGUGGCCGCUCAAAUGUCAAAUCACGAAGCGCCGCUCCAGGAUGAUGAUCGUCUUCAUCUGGAUCUUUGCUAUUCUCGUCACCACACCCUGGGUCUUUUUCUUUGAUCUUGUCGUGGUAUUCGAAGAAAACCCUAAUGUACACCUCUGCAUCGACGUUUGGCCAAAUCCCUUGAGUGAAGUCCUUUACUUUGUGGUUGGAAAUCUUAUUUUCUGCUACAUUCUCCCAAUGGUCAUGAUUACGAUGUGCUACAUUUUAAUUUGGAUCAAGGUCUGGAGACGGUCUAUCCCCACCGAUACCCAAGAUGCCCAGAUGGAACGUAUGCAGCAAAAAUCCAAGGUCAAAGUCGUCAAAAUGCUGGUUGCUGUUGUGAUCCUGUUUGUUCUUUCCUGGUUUCCAUUGUACCUGAUCUUUGCAAGGAUAAAACUGGGAGGACCGAUCAAGAAAUGGGAGGAAGAGAUGCUUCCGAUCGUGACACCACUGGCUCAAUGGCUUGGAGCCUCGAACUCUUGCAUCAACCCGAUCCUGUACGCGUUUUUCAACAAGAAGUACAGAAAGGGAUUUGUAGCCAUCAUCAAGAGCAGGAAAUGCUGCGGCCGACUCCGCUACUACGAGACCAUUGCUCUGCAGUCCUCGAGCACUUCCACCAGAAAGUCUUGGCAUUACAACAACAAUAACCCGUCGAUCACCCGGCGGUCCCCACCGGUCGACAAAAACGCCGUGUCUUUUAUUUUCAGUCACACAGGCGUGUAA